AAUAAGUUGUUCGGCCAUUGCCGGCCAGUGGUACAAGUUGCCAACCACGAGGUGUCAUGGAUCAAAUGAUCAAUGCAUCUCCCAGGACAAUCAUCAACUCGAAAGCAAAGUACAGGUGACCUGAUAUCGGCUCUGGUACAGGCUAUCGCGUAUCAAGGUCUAAAAUGUGUUUAUUGGCAUGAUGGACUUAGAAUGUCGACAGUUUUUUAAUAUUUCACUGGCGAUUGCAGACACUUAUCUUUGAGACUUUGACCGUCUCCCCGCAUGAACCUGAUUCUUACCUUGCCUCUACUGGAAUCUACAGCAUGACUCGCAGGGCUUCUAGUUGCGCUUUGCCUGAUCUUUACGAGGCUUCAAUUGCAGAACUUCAAGAUGGCCUAAUUGAAGGACACUUCAGUAGUGUUCAGCUUGUGAAGGCCUACCUGAGCAGAAUUGAAGAAGUUAAUUUGAAAGGCCCUGAAUUACAUGCAGUUAUCGAGACCAAUCCGAUAGCCUUAUCACAAGCUGCAGCUCUUGAUAACGAACGGAAAGACAAAGGCGGCCGUGGGCCAUUGCACGGAAUACCGUUAUUGUUGAAAGAUAACAUUGCUACGCUGCACGAAGAAGGCAUGAAUACAACUGCAGGUUCCUACGCACUGCUUGGUUCUGUUGUUCCUCGAGAUGCAUGUGUUGCAGCAAAAUUACGCGAAGCUGGAGCUAUAUUCAUAGGCAAAGCGAACCUCUCCGAGUGGUCUGGUAUGAGGGGCAAGUGGGGUGAACUUAAAGGACAAGUUCCCAACGCCUUGUCGGAGCGUGGAGGACAAACUCUUUCCCCCUACUACCCAAAUGCACAUCCAUCUGGUUCGAGUUCCGGAAGUGGCGUUGCGACGGCCGUUGGUCUAGCAGCGGGGUCCCUUGGUUCAGAAACCCAUGGCUCUAUUGUCUCUCCAAGUAGCAGGAACAAUGUUGUUGGGAUCAAGCCCACUAUAGGGCUGGUAUCUCGCUCAGGCGUAAUACCUAUCUCAUCCCAUCAAGAUACUGCUGGUCCGAUGUGUCGCUCUGUCACUGAUGCUGCCCUGUUGUUAAACUUCAUCGCUGGGCCUGAUCCUCGAGAUGAAGUUACUUUACAUCAGCCCGGACUAGUCCCAGACUAUAUGAGAGCGCUCGACAAGAACGCCCUUAAAGGCGCCCGUCUUGGGGUGCCUCGUUCCUUCAUUCGCAAUAUCAAGACAAUCGAGGAGACGUUCAACUUAUCUCUUGACGUCUUCCGAGCUUUGGGUGCCGAAAUUGUUGACCCCGCAGAUUUCCCAGAUACAGAAGAACUACUGAACUCGAAAGCGGAGAAGCGGGUACUGGACGUGGACUUCAAAGUCUGUCUUAACAGAUACUUAUCGGAACUUGUCGACGUUCCGACAGGCGUCAAGACUCUCGCUGCUCUGAUAGAAUUCAACGAGGGACGCGCGGAACUAAAUCUUCCACCACCAUUCUACAAAGACCAAUCGCAAUUCAUCCAAUCGGAAGCCGCACAAGUCGAUGACGCCUACCUCGCAGCACUAGCUGAAGAUUUCGAUUUGGGACGCACAAGGGGAAUUGACGCCACUUUGACCCAGUUCGAUCUCGAUGCCAUAAUUCUACCGACCGACGCACUGGCGUGGAAACCCGCAGCGAUUGCAGGAUAUCCGUUGAUUUCAGUGCCCCUCGGCUUUCAGCCAGACGACACUGAAGUGCUGCCCGGUGCACCAUCCUCACUUCACACGCAAGCCCCAGGACUUCCUUUUGGAAUUGCUUUUAUGGGAACUGCAUAUAGCGAGUUUAAGCUCAUCGGUUAUGCGUAUGCGUUUGAGCAGGCUACCCACGCGAGACUUCAGCGAAGGGCCUUUGACGAUGCGAUUCCUAGAACCCAAUUAACAGAUGUCAUACCCCAGUGAAGGUGGCUUUCAUUGUACACUGUCAUACACAUCAAAUAAGCGAGUUACUUUGCAUGCAUGUUUAUUACCCGGAGUGUAUGCGAUCAUCGCAAUGACGGGCAAGGUCAACCAGCUGCCGAAGUCCAUCGAGGAAUCCCUCCAUCAAGAUUCGUGGCUAUUUUGAUGACCUUGCCUUAGCGAGACCAACUCGUCCCUAAAAAAAUGUUGGUAUGAAGAUCUUGCACAUGUAGAUGGCAAUUUGUACAAAAAAACC